AUGGACGCCCUCAAAUCAGCCAUCACUCCCAUCACGCAUAACCUCCCCGCGCCGAUUCGCGACUUGGGCGUUUCCAUCAUCGGCGAGACCUGCUACAAAUCUCUCCUUCUCGACGUCAACAUCGAGGAUGCCGAUUGCAUCAAGUUUGCCGUCUCCAAGGCUCUCGGCAUCGGUAUCAUCGCCGCUUCGUCCAUCGUCAAGGUCCCCCAGAUCCUGAAGCUCAUCAACUCCAAGUCCGCCGAGGGUGUUUCUUUCCUCUCAUACCUUCUCGAGACGGCAUCCUACAUCAUCUCGCUCGCCUACAACUUCCGAAAUGGCUUUCCUUUCAGCACAUAUGGCGAGACUGCUUUGAUCGUGGGACAGAACGUCAUCAUCUCGGUGCUUGUUCUGAACUACAGUGGUCGUGCUAGUCUGGCUGCUGUGUUUGUUGCUGCGCUUGCUGGAACUGUUGCUACAUUAUUUGCUGAGAAUGUUGUGGAUGCGCAGACCUUGAGCUACCUUCAGGCUGGUGCUGGUGUUCUGAGCGUUGCCAGCAAGCUGCCUCAGAUCCUCACCAUCUUCCAGCAGGGUGGUACUGGUCAGCUCAGCGCGUUUGCUGUCUUCAACUACCUCGCUGGAUCUCUGUCCCGAAUCUUCACAACCCUCCAAGAGGUUGACGACAAGCUCAUCCUCUAUGGAUUCGUGUCUGGCUUCGUCCUCAACGCCAUCCUCGCUCUCCAGAUGAUCUUCUACUGGAACGCCCCAUCUGAGAAGGCCAAGGGCAAGCAACCUGUUGCCCCCAUUGCGGCCAAGCCUGCUGUUCUGACACCCUCUUCCUCUACCACCGCUACUCCCAAGAAGAGCCCUACCACUCGCCGACGUGGUUAG